AUGUCCGGCAUCGCGCGCAAGAUUGUCGUAUGCGCAGCCAUCGAUGGCCUGAUAAUACAGCCGCUGUCGUCCAAGGGACAGAAACCACACCAGCCUGUCCGGGUUCGCUAUGGCGACUCCUCGGUAUCUGCCGUUCCUCGCGACCAGCUGCCCGACACCUCCAAGCCCGAGUCAUCAUUCGAGGCCUUUGGUGUCAUAGGCUUGAUAACCGUUUCCAAGCUCAGCUACUUGGUCACCAUUGUGCGGCGCCAGCAAGUGGCCCAGAUCCUAGGCUUCCCCGUCUAUGUCGUGACAGAAGUUGCCGUGACGCCGUGCACGUCCCAGUCGGAUGCAGACGAGUCCAUUCGGAGGACGGCGAGCCUGUUGGGGAGACAGUUAUCCGAUUCCCGGAGCGAUGCUGGCAGGAGUAGCGACGAAGAACCCGAACCACACGACGAAAUACUUGACGAAGUCGAAGAUGCCGUCACCGGGCAACGAGACACCCCAAGGCCCGAUUCUCAACGGAGCAGCGUUGCCGAAGACGUCAUCCGCCGGCGAGGCAGCUACGGGAGAUUUGCUCAGAGCUGGUUCAGCCAGAGCGGUUGGACAAUGGACCAGCGUCGGACGAUGGGCAUGAGCAUCGCCGCAGCCAACUCAGGCUCGGCCGUUGCUGAUGACUCGGCGGCCACCCCGGGGGCAAACCCUCCGCUCACAGAAGACGUACAUGUCCAAGCCCCUGUGUCUUCUUUGCUGCCCAAGCUUCUGCGGACAAUCAAGUUCCUUUUCGGCUCGUCGCGAAGCUUCUACUUCUCCUACGACGUGGACAUUACGCGCAGUCUGGCCCAGGAUGCACUGCUCGUGCGCCGAGACACGCCGCUCCAUGCUCAAACCGACGGCAACUUCUUCUGGAACCGAAUCAUCUUGCUUCCGUUUACGUCGACGGGCCAGGACUCGUUGGCCCUCCCCCUCAUGCAAGGCUUCGUCGGGCAGCGAACAUUCGUCGUGGACAGCCAGCCUCCGCAAGUGGACGAACCCGCGGCCGAGUCUCUCGAGAUGCGCAACCUCCCCGCGUCGGGGUCGCGCCCGGCCUCGCCUCCGUCCGGCGGAGUGAGGGACUCGCUGGAUCUACGCCCGUCCGAGAGGAAAUAUCUUCUGACGCUCAUCUCACGCCGUUCCACCAAGAGGGCAGGCUUGCGCUAUCUUCGUCGUGGCGUCAACGAAGAGGGCUUCACCGCAAACACGGUCGAGACGGAGCAAAUUCUGUCCUCUACCAAGUGGGACAAGUCGUCGCCAAUACAGACCAACUUUAGAGCCUGCAAGAAGCAUUUCGAAAGCCUGUCAAAGACCUACGGGCUGCUCCAGAUUGUUAACUUGGUGGAGAAGCACGGUAUUGAGGAGCCCAUCGGCACCCAGUACCAAAAGUGCAUCGAACGCCUCAACGAAGGGGUUGAAGAUGCCGCCAAGAUUCCCUUUGAGUGGUUCGACUUCCAUCAGGUGUGCCGCGGCAUGAAAUUUGAAAACGUCAACCAUCUUUUGCUGAGGCUCAAAGAAAGGCUGGAGGCGCUGGGGAGCACAAUUCAACAUGAAGACAGGAUCAUGCAGCGGCAAAGGGGAGUCAUUCGCACCAACUGCAUGGAUUGUCUCGAUCGAACAAAUGUGUGCCAGAGCUCCUUUGCGAAGCACAUACUCGAACUCCAACUCAAAGGCGAUGGGAUCGACAUGAGCACCCAGCUCGACCAGGAAACGGCCUGGUUCAACACGUUGUGGGCAGACAACGGCGACGCCGUCUCGAAGCAGUAUGCUUCAACCGCCGCUAUGAAGGGCGACUACACGAGAACGAGAAAGAGGGACUAUCGCGGAGCGCUGAACGAUUUAGGGCUGUCGCUCGCGCGCUUCUACAACGGCAUGGUCAACGACCACUUCAGCCAGGCAGCCAUCGACUUCCUGCUCGGAAAUGUCACGGCAAAGAUCUUUGACGAGUUCGAAGCCGACAUGAUGACAAAGGACCCGGCCGUGUCCAUCUCCAACAUGAGGGAGCGGGCCGUUGAGCUCUGUCAACAGCGAGUCGUGGCCGACAUGAGCGAGGAGGCCCAAGGCGGCUGGGUGCUCAUGAGCCCCAGCGCCGCAGACGUGGUCAAGUCGUGGUCCAUGGACGAGGUCAUUCUUCUCUUGACAGACGCCGCCUUAUACCUCUGCCGCUUCGACUGGGACCUGGACAAGGUGUCGUCGUUUGAGCGGGUUCAUCUCGCCAACGUGACGCAGAUCAAGUUUGGCACAUACAUUACGUCGACCGUCUCGCCGGCGCAUACGGAUGAGUUGAAGAAUGUCGGCUUCGUCGUCGAGUAUCAACCCGGCAAGAGCAAUAUCCGGAGAACAAACACCCGGACGCUUUCCACCCGCGGGGAGAUUGCCCCCAAGUCAAGCUCCCAAGGCGGCGAGGGCAACAGCUGGCCGACGGGCUUUGGCAACUUUUUCUCGGCGAAGCCAAAGUCGCCCGCGAUGCGCAAGCUGGCGCUCAAGGCCCCGUACGCCGACUCGUCGGCCGCCGUCUCUGGCACCUCGCCGCAGCAGACGGAGAUUCAGCAGGUGGUGACGAUUUGUGCCGAGAUUGAGCGGCUGGCGCUGGAACGGCAGUUUCGCAAGCAGGGCGAGGGCGCCAAGGGCAUUGUUGAAAAGGGGGAAAUCAUUUCGCUCGAGGCGGCGAAGCGGAACACGGGGCUGCUGGAACAGUUGGGGCACUCAAUCAAGAAGUUGGUAUGGGCCUGA